AUGCUUUUAUCCCGCACCUUCCUUUCUAUUUGCUUCCUCGCCCGUGGCCUUGCCUCGCCUGUGACCACCUCAGGCCGCAAUCAAUCAGAGGGGAAAAUCUCCUGGGGCCCGUGUGAUAUUAACGCCACUCUGCCUAUUCAAUGCGGUAGCCUAGGUGUCCCACUCGACUAUACCGACUCAAAAUCAAAUGCUACCCUUAACCUUCAACUGCUGAAGGUCCCUGCCAUCAAUGGCGCUAGCAAAGGAAGCAUUCUAUUCAACUUUGGCGGCCCGGGUUUUGGAGCUAGGGCAAAGCUAGCGGGUGCAGCUAAGAUCCUUCAAACUGGAACCGAGACUACUCUCACAUUCUCUUGUUUUAAAGACAAUAAUGAAAGAUUAGCUGCCUUCUCCAAUGCACGAUAUGAAGAGUUGCUAUCACCGAAAGAACGAGCUCCUUUGGGGAGGCUCUGGUCAACCGCAUCCAUCUUCGCUGAUAUAUGUGAUCGAUAUCCUGAGGCUAAUCAGCGCGGGAAACUCAUAAGCACUGCCUUUACUGCCCGAGACCUGAUGCAGAUUGUUGAUGCAUUGGAAGAAGACGGCCUUCUGCGAUACUGGGGACUAUCAUAUGGCACAGUUCUUGGCGCUACGGUGGCAGCCAUGUUCCCAGAGAGGAUCGAUCGAAUGAUUAUUGAUGGUGUUGUCAACUUCCACGACUACUAUAAUGGCUAUGACAUCGAAGUAUGGGCGGACACAGAUAAGGUGUUUUCUGCUUUCCUUCAACAGUGUGUUAAAUCUCCAGACGAGUGUGCGUUAGCUCGUCCAGGCUUGACUGCCCCGCGCCUGGAAGAGUCGAUAUAUAAACUCCUCGAUAAUAUCAAGUACCAACCACUUGUGUUCAACGAUACCUUGAUUGAUCAUAGCGUUGCCAAAAACCUAAUCAGACCAAAUUUGUAUGCUCCACCAACAUGGCCACUUCUGUCAAAGGCUUUGGAAAACCUGCGAACUGGUAACUUAACCGGUUUCACGGAGAAUUCUAUAACUCUUUCUCCUCCCUGGGAGAAUGGUAUUCCGACAGAGUCUCCGUUUGGCAUCCCAUGCUCCGAGAAAGUGACAGGGCUGAACCGUCUAGACCAGAUUCAAUCCACAAUUAAGUCACUUGAUCAGAAGAGCAAGCUUUUGGGGCAGGUUGGGAUACCUCUUGCGAUGACUUGUACUCGAUGGAAAACGAAGGCAAAAGAACGGUACUCCGGAGACUUCAAGGUCAAGACAAAAUUUCCUAUACUUGUGAUUGGGAACACAUUUGACCCUGCUACAUCCUUCCCGUCUGCACAGAAUGCCAGUGCAACAUUCGAUGGCAGUGUCCUACUAGAGCAUGGGGGCUACGGUGUAAGUCUUCUCCAAUCUUCAGGAGAAUAUUAUCAAUUCUGA